ACUACGGGGACUGUUUAGUAGUCUUGACGUAAUUAUUUCUGAGACUGAAGCACGGUUUCCAACAGCGUAAUGAUUGAUUUUUAAAACGGAAGUUACCACAGUACGGUUAGGCAGUGUACAUUCUCGGGCAAACAGUCAGGUUUAACUUGAAGAAGUCGCAGUGUUGCAGUCCGUGAAAAUGCCAGCGCUGCUGGAAAGGCCGAAAUUGUCCAAUGCCAUGGCUAGGGCCCUGCAUCGUCACAUCAUGAUGGAGCGGGAGCGCAAAAGGCAGGAAGAAGAAGAGGUGGAUAAGAUGAUGGAGCAAAAGAUGAAAGAGGAGCAAGAACGGAAGAGGAAGAAGGAAAUGGAGGAACGGAUGUCAUUGGAAGAGACCAAAGAGCAGAUUUUAAAAUUGGAGGUUAAACUCCAGGAUCUGCAGGAAGAAAAACACCAGCUUUUCCUGCAACUUAAGAAAGUUCUUCAUGAAGAGGAGAAACGACGCAGGAAAGAACAGAGUGAUAUGACCUCCAUGUCUUCUGCGCCAUACCAACCAGGCAUGCCUGUGCACACAGGAACGCACCUAAUCACGAUGCAGGGGAGCUCUGCUAGCCAUGGAAGGCCUGCUCAUCUACUUGGGGAUCGUCCAAGACAAAUGUUUGUGCCACCUGUUAUGACAACACGUGGUUUUCCAGGCCAACCCAGCUUUUCAUCUGGUAGCACAGAACACAGCCAAUAUCAGUCUGGUCAGUCUGGACAUAGUCCUUACUCAGUGGGUCAGUCACAGCAUUCCUCACCUUAUGGAGGAGGGCAGCCUGUGCCAGUGAGUUAUGCUAGUGGUCAGCAAAUUCGAGCAUCAUCUGCUUUCCAGGCUAUGCAGUAUAUACCACACCAACAGCAAAGCUAUGGAGUUCACAAUCAUUUUCCUCCUCAGCAAGGUUUCCUGUCUGGCAGCACCCCAAUCCCUCUACAAAAGCAGUUAGAGCAUGCAAAUCAGCAGUCUGGAUUCACAGAUUCUCCUAGCCUGACAUACGCCCAUCCAACUCGGCCAGCUUCCCCGGGAACCUUUCCUCAUGGGACACCACCUCAGCAAGCACAUCAGUCUGGUUUUCAGGCCUCAAAUCAGCAAGCUUCUCGACACCCAUACCUGCAGCAUGGACAAAGCCAGCGAUUCUACCACAAAUGAGGAGUCCUCCGUUAGAUGCCACUACAAAUGUUACCAAGGACUUUGGUCUUUACAGUGAUUAUAUUUUUCUUUGCUGGGAUAGAAGUAAUUUAUCUGGAAGAAAUUUUAGCUGUUACUGCUUAUUAAUUACAUCAGUGCUUCUUCAUGCUAAGAUACACACACACAAAAAAAAACUUAAUUUCAAGCCAGUCUGUAAAGCCACCUACCAGUGGUGCUUUUAGGAUGAUGACUGUUACCUGUAGCUUGAGAAGCUCUGAAUUUUUUUUCCACAACUGCAACCAGUUAAAAUAUAUGGAUCCUGUUCUUCCAAAAAAAAGUGACUUUAUACUCUUGACAUUCUCAAAUAGUUGUGGCUUCUAUGUGCAUAUUUUCAGCUGUUAACAUUCUCUGUAAUAAUUCUGUUUUAAUAUCUGUAAUUGAACUGUGCCAGUCUGAUCUCUUUCACUGUUAUGCAGACUUUGUUAAACUGCAUAUAACUUUGGAGCAUUUUUUUUUUUUUUGCCAUGGCUUGUUGCCACACACAAGUUUCCUGUCCAGCCCACAACUUUCUGCAACACUAUCCCAUGCCCCGUCCUUUUGUAAACUGUGGCUGCAGCUCACAAGACCAUAACUGGAGGCAGGAACCAGGUGCCAUAGUCUGCCCACUGCUUGACACGCCAUCCAUUGGAGCCUAGUGGCCUUCGGUACAAAAGACCAUAGGAGUGAGGGAAGCUGAGAACUGCCAUGGCCAUAGUAUUUUGUAUAUGUUUCUCAUGUUACACCCUUAUCAUGCAGCAUAUUGACAUCCUCUUAAAGCUUAGCUGAUGUGAUGUCUUUGCCCGGGCCUAAGGAGAGUGACAUGUCUAAGCCCAAACACAAGCACUAGCCUGGUUUCUGUUCAUAGCCCUGCUUUCUCAAGGCUAUAGAAGCAGACCACUCCUCUCCCAAGAUAGGCACGCCUGCCUCCUUGCCUAUACAGUCAAGCACUGGAGUUGCUAGUCAGACUCUGGUCACCUAGGUUAUAGUUGGGGCUCCAUCCUGCUGUGCCACCAGUGCAGGCUAACUUUGGAACUGUUUUGAUGUAGCAUUCCAACAGACCUCUUCCAGCACUCUUUUUUUUUUUUUUCUCAAAUUGUACAUUGUUUUCCACAACAUAUAUGUAUGUACUUUGGAGAAAACCAAAGAAAUAAAACUUAAAAGUUAUGGUA